AUGGUAAACUUUGAGAACCUGAAGCUUGUAGCCCUUGGAAAUCCGUUGCUCGACAUGCAGGUGCGCGAUGGCCAGGACGUGCUCCAGAAGUACGGCCUGAAACCAAAUGAUGCGGUGCUUGCUUCGCCUGAGCAGCUGAGCAUCUACGAGCACUUAGUCGAAAACUACCAGGUGACGUACGUCGCUGGUGGUGCUGCUCAAAACACAGCUCGCUGCGCGCAAUACGCCUUGCCCGAGGGAUCGACUGCGUAUCUUGGAUGUGUCGGCAACGAUGAUCUUGCUCAACAGCUGCGUGCUGCGAAUGAGCGUGAAGGUCUGCAGUCUGUCUACCAGGUCGUGAAUGACACGCCAACAGGCUCGUGCGCUGUGGUGAUUACAGGCCAUGACCGCUCGCUUUGCACAAACCUUGGCGCUGCUGAGAAAUUUGACAAAUCGCAUCUGGACUCGCAGGAAGCCAAGGCGGCUAUUGAGGCAGCCAAGUUCUUCUACAUUGGCGGCUUCUUCCUUACGCACGGUGUGGAAAGUGCUUUGAUCGUUGCGAAGCAUGCGAAAGAAACGGGCAAGCCAUUCGCCUUCAACCUGUCGGCUCCCUUCAUUCCGCAGUUCUUCAAGUCGCAGGUAGAUCAGGUGAUGCCGUAUGCCGAGCUUGUGAUCGGCAACGAGUCGGAAGCUGAGGCCUGGGCUAAGGCAUCGGGCAUGGAAACGAGCGAUCUCAGUUCCAUCGCGCAGAAGAUUGCCGACUCUCCAUCCGAGGUGUCGAAGCCGCGCACAGUCCUUAUUACACAUGGAGCAGAGUCGACCAUCCGGGCAGUGCAGGGCCAGUCGUCCGUCAUUACGCACCCGACGCCGAAGAUUGAUGCUGCUAACAUUGUCGACACGAACGGCGCUGGUGAUGCGUUUGCCGGCGGUGUGAUUGCUGGCCUCAUCAUGGGCAAGUCGAUGGAAGAAGCUGUGGAUGUGGGUCACCGUCUGGGUGGCAUGUGCAUUGGCCAAGUCGGUCCCGUCCUCAAGUUCCCGAAGGAGAACGUGCUCUAG